CUCUGGGCUGAAUGAGGAUUGUCCUGUUCAAGAAGAUACACAUUCCUUCAUAGUGUUUACCAGUGUUUUCCAAUAUCCAAGCUAGAGUGGCAUAGCAGUAGCAUAUGCACGAGUUCUUGUUAUGGUUUCCCAUUCGGCAUGCACUCAUAGGUUCUGCUGGUGGAUGUAAUAGCAUAGCGAGACAACAGAAGACUUACAUCAGCACAGCAUCUAUUACUAAUGAUGAUGCCAACUUGCAGCCAGCACUAUUCAAAGACAAAGUUGCAGGGUCUGUGACAUUCUAAGGGAACAACACCAACAAUAACUGGGAUAAAGACCCUGUAUAUCUUCCUGCCAAACACAUGGCUUCAUCACAGUCUGAUAUACCUCCCAUAUUUGAGAAACCAUGAGAUCUCCCUGUGUCACCACCAACCACUCACUCAAAAAUAUGCAGUAACUCCACAUAAGCAACAUAGGUGAUGAACAGAUGGCUGCUGGAAGGAAGAGAGAAAUAGUAUUUUUAAAUCUACCAGGAUUAAGAAUUCAACAGGUCACAAAGGCAUCAUUAUGGCAGAUGCUGGAUUGCAACGCAGAAGAAAUCAUCCAUUUUCAGAGAGAGAGAAUGCUACAUUGAUGAAGGCUGCACUUACCUUAAAGGAAAAACUUUUUCGCAAAGGUGGGAACAAGCAUACUAUGGACAUACUGUUGGAGAAGAUGACACGCAAAAUAAAUAAUGCUGGUGGUAGAGAGCGCACUGUGAAUGCCUUUCAAAAACGUUUGAAUGAUAUGAAACGCCAUGCACAUAAAAAAGCAAAUUCCCUUAAAGAAUACCUAAGAUCUGGACAAAACCCACCAGUAGGUGUGCAUCUCACAGAAGAUGAAAAACGUCUCAUUUCUGUAUGGAAAGUUAAACCUGGUGGCAUCAUUAUGGCAGAUGCUGGAUUGCAACGCAGAAGAAAUCGUCCAUUUUCUGAGAGAGAGAAUGCUACAUUGAUGAAGGCUGCACUUACAUUUAAGGAAAAACUUCUUCGCAAAGGUGGGAACAAGCAUACUAUGGACAUACUGUGGGAGAAGGUGACACGCAAAGUAAAUAAUGCUGGUGGUAGAGCGUGCACUGUGAAUGCCUGUCAAAAACGUUUGAAUGAUAUGAAACGCCAUGCACAAAAAAAAGCAGAUUCCCUUAAAGAAUACUUAAGAUCUGGACAAAACCCACAAGCAGGUGUGCACCUCACAGAAGAUGAAAAACGUCUCAUUUCUAUAUGGAAAGUUAAACCUGGUGAAUCUUCAUCAGUGAAAACAGGUACAGCAAAUACAAUGAAAAAAGAGCAAAUUGCAUCCACUUCCACAAAUUCUGGAUAUGUUUACUUGAUUACGGAAGACAUGGAAGAUAACUUACAACAACCACCAGAAUACUUUAAGAUUGGUCUGACUAGAUUUCCACACCGCAGACUGACACAGCUGCAGAAAGAUAAUCCGAGGAAUCUUGAGUACUUUAAAGUAUUUCCUGUCAAUAAAAUGAGUGCUUGUGAAAGUAAAGUUAAACAAGCAUUUAAGGAAAGGAAGGCAAGAAAUGGAGGUGGAGAUGAGUGGUUUGUGAAGACUAAAACAUUUGAAGAUCAGUUAGCUCGAUUUGAAGAGACAUGUAAACCAUUUUUAAUUCCUGAGGGGUCCAUUUAUGCACAUCCUAGACGUCCAGGUUACUUUCACCUGCUAUAUGAGAAAACUUCUCAUAAUGCAUUUGUGUACUUUAGAAUUGUAUUUACACUCCGUAGUAAUGUUUUAUACACAAAUACUGGAAACCCAAGAAAAAUAAAUACUCGGUUGAUAAGAAGGCUGAAAAACUUCCCAGAUCCAACAAAGCAGUUCCGUAUCAUCAGACUUAUUCAACGUCUUAGGGCUACACUGAUAACAAAUGCAUACAAUAAAGAUUGUUGGUUUAAAAUUGAAGUCAGCAGAUUUAAUGACAUUUGUAAAAGGGUAACUGCUCUAGUUGAAAGAAAAUGUGGUUUUAUAGAAAGUAGGUCUACAAAUGACACUUCUUAAGCACUUACAGUAUGAAACUCAUAUCAGGCAUUGUUGUUCAAUACAAGCAUUGCAAAAUAACAUAGUUUUAAUUCAAAUAUCCAAGUAGAAUAAAAAUUAUUUGCAUCUGAAACUUCUUGUGGCAAGCAUUGCAAAAAGUUCCCAUUUAGGGUUGUUUGCUCAAUGCAUCCUAUAAACAAUGAUUCUUAUUUACAAGUUGUACCAACUCAGCGUAAAGAAUAAUACAUAUACCAUUCUGAUAUCUGGAUUCAGAAUUAUGUCACUUAUAGUUGCAAGCUGAGAAUGACAGUAUAUAAUCCAUUAAGCCCAGUGUGUACUGAACUGGCAUUGGGAUUCUAUAAAAAUAUACAGUUCUAUUUAUUUUGAGAAAUACAUUUUAGAAAAAAUAAAAUGAGACUUUUUUUCUUCUGAAUUAGUAGCUACAAAUGCUAUACUAAAACAUGGCAAAACUGUGUGAACAUUUGUUGUUAUUAAUUUAUUUGCUUUGUUUUUGUUUACUGGGUAGAUAUAUUGGUCAUGAGCAUUAAUUACUUUUUUGUAGGGUAUGAUGCAACAGAAAAAAAAAAACAGGUAAAGUUAGACUCAAAUAAUACCAAAAAGUCAUAUCCAUCUUUUCAACCACAGCCCCCUUCUCCCAUUUUUGCACAUGGGGUUAGGGUGUCACUAUAACAUGUUAAUGUAUAAAACCUGCUGAAAUAAUAGCUGUGAUACAGAAGGAAAUCAAUCAAGAUAUUAAGUAGUAUCAAAGCCAUAUUAAAUGCGUACUCUAACUCUUUUACAGCAGGAAUUAGACUGGAAAAGUCCAACACGGUUACUAAUAAGUAAUGGUCAAAAGAAUAGCACAUAGGCUUCUAGUUUUCAUAUACAGUGAUAUAUUCAUGCUUUUUACUCAGUCUCACACCUUCUCAGUGGGUAACAUCUUUCUCAGCAUCCUUUACAUUUCUUUCAAGUCUAUUUUAAUUUUUUAUCAUAGCUUAAUAAAACGCAGACUCCCACUAAAUUGCAUUUACCCACCUGCUCUAAUUGUAUCGAGUUCCCAUAACUUGUCAUUCUCCACUUAAUGUACUUCUCUUUUUCCUUCUCACCCUGUUAGUGUUUCUUCUUUUCAUGUCUCAUACCAUUAACAAUAUUAUGAAGAUGUGUGUGUGUGUGUGUGUGUGUGUGUGUGUGUGUGUGUGUGU